AUUACAUGACAAUGAUAAAGCAACAGAGCUUAUAUCAACUAGAGAAUACAGACCUUAAAUUGCUUACGGCCUAUUGUAUCCAAAACCAGCCUUCGACAUCAUCUUUGUUGGGCUGGCUACUUAAUUCCCCGCAAUCUUGUCCAAAUGAAUUCUCAAACGCCAUUUUUUAUUGCUCGGCACCAAACCCAUGGGCUCUCAUUGCCCAGAAUCAGACCGUUGUCUGGUUGAUAGAGAUUAAGGAUCGCAUCAGAAUCUUUGUCUCAUCCGAACCAUUCCUCGAUCAGUGCCCCACGACAGAUCUAGCAGUAAAAUAUUGUGAAGAUCCAGAAACUUCUCUGCAGGGACCAAUGUUCAUCGCUGCUGAUCAUCAGGCAUUAUAUAAAGAGAGUGAGAAUUUGUUGGAACAAUUAUUAAAGACUUUUAUGGAAAAUAAAAAAGAAAUUCUUGUGCAUGGUUGCUCUGUCAUCUGGAGUCCGUUAUUAAGACGACUGUUCAAAAUACCUUAUAAUGGACCAUGCAAGAGGUUCGUCAACCCAGCAUCAAAGUACCCUUUACCUUGCUCUCUUCGUAAUGGAUAUUCCAUUGCCAAGGCAGAAAAGAAACAUGCACCAUUGAUCAUUGAAUACAACAAGAUCAAAUUUGAGAUGCAAUAUGUCAUCGAGGGUCUUGAGAUGUCAACUGUUAUAACCACUCAAGAUAAUACACCUGUAGCAUGGGCCAUGUCCCACAGAGAUCUCUAACUGCUUUCAAUUGGAAUUUUCUCUUUUUCUUAUAAACAUCUUUAGUUACGGUUGGAGCUCUGCAUGUCUUGGGAAGUCACAGAAGGCAAGGAUUAGCAGAGGCAGUGGUAGCUGAUAUAUGUGGCCAACACACUGCUUUUUAUCAAAAGCACAGCCCAGAUCCAACAGUGGAACAUUAUGCACAGGCCAUUGUUGAAUAUCCAAACUCAACAAGUGCAUCGUUCUUCAAAAAGUUAGGCUGGUACACUCAUGGACCUGGAAUUACUUGGGUAGUAAUCGGCCCCAAAGAGAAAAGUAUAGAAUAACAAGGAUAUCAAAUGAAAAAGAUACAUUACACUUCUUUGAUAUAAUUUAAUUGUAUUAUUGAUAGUAAAAUUAAUAUUAAUAUAUAUAUAUAUAUAUAUAUAUAUAUAAGGUAGGCCGGCGUCUCCCAUUGGGGACUAUUUUAAAAAGAAAUAAACAUGCCUGC